GUGACGGAAGUUCGCCCACGUGUCUCUCUUGGGAUCGUUCAGGACUGUGUGAUAAUCCACCUGCAACUUGGAGCUGCUCACACUUGCACGAAACAUGCUCUCAGGGUCCCAAGACCCCACGGAUCAGACAACUCCAUCGAUCAGAAUUUGACGAACGCCACUGCCACAGUACAGACAGCAUUUUUACUGCAUACCUGCCUUGAUUUGCUCGACCUGGGGAGCCCACCUGCUGUAUUCAUCAGUCUUGGCACUUGCAAACUUCGUUCAAAUCGACCAGCCGAUGCAGGACCCGCACAAAUAGUGGUUCAUGAGCGUCUGUUCAAGAAUGAGAGCAUGAGACGAAAACUGAUGCUAUCAAGAUGGGUUUGGGAAGACCUCGAAACAACUCAGACCCAGACGUCACGACAGCGCGGUCCAAACUACCUCUAUCCACUUGGGCUCUUCCUCAAUCAUCUCCAAUUCGAGACUCGGCAGCAAUAUCAGUAACAUGUCUCGCAUCUCAGUCCCUAGUACGAUCGGCCAUCAGUGCUCCUCAGACUGGUAAGGUCGAAGCUCCCAGAGAUGAAAAGACACCACAAAUCAGACAGUCUCCAUCGAUCAGACUAUUCAACACUAUCAAACACCGAAUGGUACGCUCUGGCAUUGAUGUCUACCAUCUUAACGAGACCCGCCUUUCCUGGUGCCUUCCGCGCAAUGACGACCCACACGUUGACAGCAUCGUCACAAAACUCCUCGAGUCACCCUUGAUGGUUUCGGAUGACGAGCUGAAAACAAUCCUUGCCCUCGAGACCGACAAAUGGACCACCAAAAGGAAAAGAGUUGGAGCACAUCACUUCUACAUUCGCUCCUACCCCAUGGAAGUGUCGCUCUUCAUAAAACUUUCCCAACUUCUUCUCGAUAAUGCUUGUCCAAUCCAGAAAUUGAAAGGUUGGUUGAACACCGCACGGGGCUUGCAAGACAAUGACAAAAUCUGGUUGAGGUAUUGCGGGACCACUGAAGAAUCUGUCUGGGAGCGUCAAGCCAAAGUCUACCAUCAGAGAGACUCGUUCUACAGUUCCUUCUUUGGACUACUGGACUCCAUGUUCCCGGAAAACAUCCGUGAUUCCAGCACGUAUGAGUUAUCGAAAGCUCGGAUCGACUUUGACCUACAUGAGCAGCAUAUCAAUCUUAGAGAGCAAGCUCUGAUAGCUCUUUUCGGGGUCGAAAAUCUACUGAACGGACAGACUGGCGGCAAGGGGUGUACGCUCUCGCUAGAUCUCGAGGACCAACAGUGGUUCAAUCAACUACGAACGCAGACGUACUCCUUAUUGAUGUAUCAGACAUCACCAGUCUCGGAGUCUAUGAGGAAACAUAUCCAAGUAUAUGUGCAAGAUGUGAAGGCCUACAGAGACGAGGCUGGUCAUAUGUCCGGUAAAGCUGGUUCAGCACUGAGCAAAGACGUCAGCCGCAUGAUGGCUCGCCAAUCACUGGCCCGGACAGCGACUAUCAGUGGACGAGUGCCUUCUGCAAUCAUCGGCAUUGAUCCGAUCGAGGAGAGCUUCAAGCAGGGACAAGGCUUCUUUGAGAACACCGGUUCGGCCAGCACGAAUGUCGUUCGUACUAUCAUCAAUCAGAUGGUUGCGUGGGAACUCGAUUUACGUCAGGUGGAUCAUACUCGAGUCCUAGGAGUGCAUUCGCAGAACUUAUUGCCGUUCACGGAUAUGUUUCCAUGGCCAAAGAAAGAAGACAAGAACAUUACGGCAGCUAUGGAACUAACGGCAACAUUCGUACAAGCACUGAAUCCUAUCAACAUGUUGACAUUUUCUCACAUGGCAAGUCAUUCUUUACUCACUGUCAUAGCGUUUAAACUAACAAUAUGGUAGGUCUCAAGUGCAGCCGCGACUGGUUUCCAACAUGCGAAUGGAAUCGACGUUCUCGAGUUCGUGGAUACGGUCGGAGUUCCUCGGCUAGUCGAGUCAGGCGACCAACUCGAGCCGCUUGUUCAUGUUCUCAUCCCCAGCUAUCAUCCUGGCUCUCUGCAGCAGUACUCCGCCAAUGUUCAACCUUUUCUGGCCAAGAUCAUUACGUACACUUUCUUUAUAUGGUGGAUGGGUAUUCACCAUGCGAUGAC